UGUCUACUACGUGUUACUCGUACUAAUACUAUCGUGUUAUAGAAUGGCUUCGAACCAUCCAAUUCAUAUUCACCCAGCAAGGCCUCUUUAUCGCUUUACAGCGACCGCCCUUGGUGCUAGCAUGUGGUUCUUUUUAAUGUACCGCGCUAAAAAGGACGGGCCUGCGUUGUUGGGGUGGAAACAUCCUUGGGAGCACUAAGCCAGUUCACUCGAAGUGUAUUUAAUACGGUGCCAUAUAAUUGAUAUGCCUUUCGAUAACCUAUUCGCCAUAACUCGUGUCAGAGGAAGAAACUGGUCGAAUCUAUAUACGUUCUACUUGUUGCCGAUAAUUAUCCUCAUUGUUGGCAUAAAACUACACGUGACGAUAUCCAAGAGUCACAAGUCCCUCAUCAAUGCUCUCGGACACGGCGAGUGUUCAAAUGGUAUCUUUAUUUGCUAGCCCAUGGAACAACCCAUGAGAGGAAAAUAUAAUAUCGGGUAUAAUCAGAUACAGUUAUUUGAGAUGUAACCCGAUAGUAUAAAUAUGAUACGCAUGGGUGUAUGCUCAUUCUAUGCUAC